UUCCUCAUUCAACCCUGUGCCGCCACUCUGGGCGUGUAAAACAACAGCCUGUCUGGCCAGGACUCAGAGCUGCGAGGAGCUUUUUUGUGGUGCUGUGCUGAACCCAGUUUCUCUACGAGUGGAUUUUAAGUGUUUUUCCGAGCAUUAUGGAUGUUAGAGGAGUUCGGUUGAUGUUCUGCCUUCUGCUGCUGGCGCACUGCUCACUUCAGCAGACCACCUCAAAGAAAAGAAACGGCAAGAAAGACUCUGCAAACAGUGCUGCUAUCGAGGAGCUGAAGAAACAGAUAAAUGACAUUGUUCAGGAGCUGAAUUUGUUGAAAGAGCAGCAGGCAUUACAAACAGUUUGUCUGAGAGGUACAAAGGUCAUCGGCAAGUGUUUCCUGGCCGAUCCGGUGAAGAAGACUUUCCACGCGGCCAGCGACGACUGCAUCGCCAAAGGGGGCAGCUUGGCCACCCCUGUGACAGGAGACCAGAAUGACCAGCUCUACAGCUACGUCCGCCAGAGCAUCGGCCCCGAGGAGCAAAUCUGGCUGGGCGUCAACGACAUUGUGACCGACGGCCAGUGGGUGGACCAGUCGGGGUCCAACGUGCGCUUCAAAAACUGGGAGACGGAGAUCACCCUGCAGCCGGACGGAGGGCGCAGCCAGAACUGCGCCAUCCUCUCCACCACGGCCAACGGGAAGUGGUUCGACGAGAACUGCAGGGCCGAGAAAGCCUCGGUGUGCGAGUUCAACAUCGUCUGACAGGCGGCUCUCUGGCGUUAACGUGACUCUCUGCAGAUAAACACUCACUGCUUGCAGAAAAAGAACAAAACAUGUAGAGCAUUUGAAUAUCAGGUACAAAUAUGCAAUGCAUUGAAAAAUAAUGUGCUGCAUCUUUCUUACGCUCACAUUUUCUUCGCCAAGCCAUUCAGACGUUAGUUGACUUCGCACGGUGGGCUGGGAUACACUAUGUCAUUGUAUAAGCUAAACUUAGUGGCACAUGAUAUUUUACAUGCAUUCAAUAAACUUAGAUAGAUUACAACAUAUAAGAUAUUCAUAAGGUAAACACCACUGGAUGGCUACUCUUUCUUUUAUAUUUCAUUUGUGGAUGUCAAAUUAUGCUGUUCAUGUUACAUUAUAUGCUGUUAAUAAACACUGUCUCCUCA